ACACCAGUGGCACAAAUUCAAAUUUUCGACUCAACUCUAUGGUGAAUUGAUGUGUCAAAUUAAAUUUGUUCACCAAUUGUCACCUUUCUUGUUCUAUCCAUAUACCUGUUUCUUUCUCUCACCUGUGACAUUACCGCGGUGUUAUGGUGAGCAUUCAUGUCAACAAUCAUUCAGUCAACAAAGCAAAGCGAAGUGAACAAAGCAAAGUGAAAGUGAUCAACAAUUUGAUAUCAGUGUUACAAUACAAUGAGUUCUUUACCAUCUACGUCAUCUGGCCGCGGGACGAAAAGCCGUGAACUACAGAGACAACGUAAAUCCGGUGCGUUUUACCGGCGCACGGCACAGCUUGUGAAGGCCGAUGAAAAGCGCACCCUCCAAAACGUUGUGCCUUUAUGUAAAAGAGGUAUGAAUUUUAACUUUUAUUGUGAAAAGAUAGCUAAAGUGUACGGCAAGAAAGUUAAAUUAAUGAAAAUUUGCACUUUCCGGUAACAAAGAUGACGACAUUUCCGAAGAUGCCGAUACCUCUUUUGGUCAGAUUGACGAAGCAGUACUAUCCGAUUCAGUUGAUGUUUUGUAUGAACAUACGCAGGAGUAUGAAUACAAUUUAGAGGAAUCCGAGGACGAAGAUCCGAAUGAGGAUAGCACGGUAGAAAUGACCGAUAGCGAUGGUUCGGAGGAAGAAGAUUCCCAUGACGAGAGCAACGAUCCGGAUUUUUGUCAAAUGUCUCCUGACGAUUGUAUACGAUACUGGGCACUAGCUGGCAACGAAAAGCACACAACUAUUCGUCGGAUGUUGAAAAUAUUACGUGCAAAGACGGAUCUGAAGCUGCCAAAAGAUCCUAGGACUAUUUUACGAACGCAGCGAGACCGAGCCAACAUAGUUGAUAUUGGUAAUGGUAAAUUUUGGUAUCAGGGUAUUCGGUGUUGCCUGACGACUGAGCUAAGGAAAUACGACAGCUUUCCAAGCAAUAUCGAAUUUGAUAUUAAUAUCGAUGGCCUUCCUCUGCAUAGGGGAGCCAGAAAAGAAUUUUGGCCUAUUUUAUUGAAAGUGGUUGAUCAUCCUAUAUCUCCUGUGUUAAUCGUCGGCAUCUACAGCGGGCCAUCUAAACCACAAAGCAACGAGCUCUUUCUGCGUCCCUUGGUUGAUGAACUCAAUUCACUUACCAUAACGGGACUAGAAAUAAAUAAUGUGAUAAUACAUAUAAAACUUCGAGCUAUUAUCGCGGAUAUGCCAGCCAGAUCAUUUAUCAAAGGUGUACAAGGACAUAAAGGGAGACAGUUUUGUAUGAAAUGUUGCUGUGAAGGGGAAUCGAUUCAACGACGUAUGGUAUUCGCGGACCUUAAUGCUCCCAUGCGAACUGAUGCGGAUUUUCGGAACAGAGUGUACAAGGUUCACCAAACUGGAACGACGCCGUUGAUUGAACUCCAUAAUUUCGACAUAAUGCAGGAUGUCAUAACCUGCGAUAGCCUGCAUCAGAUCGACAUUGGCGUAACUAUAAAGUUUUUAAAAAUUUGGCACGAUGGAGUUUUGCCUGGUAGAAAACGGUGGAACCCGGUGUUAUGCGCAAAAGUAAACAGGCAUUUACAGAGUUUGAUUUUCCCUAUCGAAGCGUAUCGUAAACUACCGCGACUUGAAGAGCUUUCUCAUUGGAAAGGAGCAGAGUGUAACACGUUUUUGCUCUAUGCAGCUCCUGUAGUUCUUAAAGGAGUUCUUUCAAAUAGGGAAUACAGGCACUUUAUGUUAUAUUUUUGUGGUAUAACGAUAUUUUCGUCGACAGCACAUAGAGAGCACUGGAACGUAGCACAACAAAUGCUUAAGGAUUUCGUUGGACAGAGCGGAAGUAUUUAUGGAAAAAUAAGUGUUACACCCAACAUGCAUACUUUAGCUCACAUUUAUGAGGAAGCUAUGCGGUUUGGCUCGCUGCAAAACUACUCCACAUAUGUUUUCGAAUCUAAAUUAGCUCACAUAAAACAACGGCUGAUUCGAACCAGCUAUCGAUGUUUGGAGCAAGCAAUAAGAAGAAUUCUGGAAUUCGAAAAUUUCCAAAUGCCUUAUAAAAAUGGAACAUGUGAUAAACCUUAUAUUAAGAAAAGAGGGCAAACUAUUAUAUUAAACGUAAGAAAAGGUUUCACGUUCAGAAAUGAUGGAGUGAACGAUUGGUUCUUAACGAGCAGGAAUCAAGUAUGCCAUUUUAUAUCAGCUAAAAAUACCGAAGGGAAUUAUACGAUCACAUGUAAGAUGUUUGGUACUGUGUACGAAUAUUUUAACGAACCUGUUUCCUCCCUUCUGUUACACAUUUAUGCUGCAGAAAGGAACGAUUAUAUGUUAGAGGAUUACGAUGUGGAUAUUUCGGAAGUGAAAUGCAAACUUGUUUCCAUUUUUGAUGAAGUCGAGUCAAAGCAAGUUUUAUUUCCAUUACUGCGAACUCUAAAAUAA